CUCCUUUUCGUGCUCCGGCCAUGGCGAACCCUAAUUCGCUCUGCUUGAUCCUCCUCCUCUCUUCUCUCGCCCUCGCCUCGCCUCUGCCACCGUCUUCUUCGAAGAGAAAUUCGAAGGUAUCAUCGUUGUCUCCCUUUCUUAAGAAUCAAACCUCUUAACUAAUGAACUCCAUCUCUCUUCCCGCAAAACCCUUCUUCCUCGUCUCCAGGAAACCCCUCUUCUCCUUCUCCCUUCACAUAAUCCCCGCCAUUAAAAUGUCAACUUUCACCAACAACCCUUCUGAGCUUUCCCCUUCUAUUUCCCUCCAAAACUACCCUAAACCCUUAUCCCCACCUCUUCCCGCCAUCUCCAAGGAGAUAGAGCUCGCCAGAGCCAUGUCCGCCUCUUCAAGAUCCAGCCUUUUCUCCUUGUCAGCGUCUGAAGUCUUGUUUGAAGAUCAAUGGCUGAUGGCCGUCAAUAAACCUCAAGGAAUUUACUGCGAGGCCGUCUUGACAUCCGUCCCAGCUCUUCUCCUUUCCCGCUCAAAAACCGCCCCAGUCGUACCGGCCAUUGAUGUUUGUGUUGCCGAUAAUACAAAGGGAUCCCCGGAGCUCCACCUGGCGAAUCGGCUCGAUCGGGACACGAGCGGCGUGAUGAUCAUCACCAAGUCGCACAAGGUAGCCGCUAAGCUAGUCAAGGCAUUUACUGAUCACAAGGUGAGGAAGACUUACAUUGCUUCAUGCGUUGGUCCAUCUCCAGAUUGGAAAAGGAUUACAGUUAAAUCAGGUCACGGUCGGUCCAAAUUCGGGGCGUGGCGUGUCUAUGCAGUAUCAGAUGCGGGGCGAAUCUUGCCAGGUGGCUCUUCGGUUAGGGACAUGGAGACUUCAUUCGAGGUGUUGUCUGUGAAUGGGAAGAUAAGAAGCUUAGGAGAAUCAUUAGAGGAAGAAUGUGGGGAAACUAUAGUUGUUAAGGAGAAAUCAGUGAAAUGUGGUAAUAAUAGUGGUGGUGGUGAAAUGCAGGAUGAGGUUUUGAUUAGGGCGUUUCCUAGGAGUGGAAGGACUCAUCAAAUUCGCUUGCAUUGUCAGUUUAUCGGGUUGUCGAUAAAGGGUGAUGUGAAGUAUGAAGGUGUUCAUGAGUGGGAUGGGAAAGUGUGUAGUGGCCAUGAAUUACAUGCAGAGAGCUUGUCUUUUGAGCAUCCUAUGACUGGUCUUCCCAUGAAGGUUCAUGCGCCUCUGCCUUCAUGGGCGACUCAUUUGUUGCCCGAAUCAUAGGAUCAGUUUUGGUGGACAACUAGGUUGGGAGGUGGUAGAUGCAUAUGUUGCUCAAUUUUGACGGCAUGGGAGCUGGUACGUUGGAAUCUUGAACGAAUAGGAGAAUGGUUCAUGUUGUUGCUCGUUGAGAAAACUGCCUUUUUGCCCCAGGUGAUAGUUUGCUUUGUUAUGAUGAGAGCUUUUCUUUUUAGCAUCAUGUUACUGGUCUUGCCAUGAAAGUUCAUGCGCCUUUGCAUUCACGCUGUUGCUUGAAUAGUAGGAUUCUAUGUGGCCUUCUGUCUUCUGAAGUUCAUGUGGAUGCACAGAUGGGUCGUAGGUGGUUGAUGCUUAUCAAUUGACUAAAUAUGUGCUUGUAAAGUUGGAAUCUUGAAGGAAUUAUUACGAUUGUUCAUGUUGGGGCUUGUUGAGAAAGCCAUAGCCUUUUGGCUUCAACAUUGAGUUAGGUUAAUUAAUAUAUCUAUGGCGAAUUCUUGAUUCCUGUCCCUGACCUGUUUAUUAUGAAGUCUUAAAAUUGUUGUUAUUGCCAUCUACCCAUAUAGAAAGAAGGGGAGAAGUAUGGACAAGAUAUGUUGAAAACAUGGGACUUUUCCUUUUCCUUUUUUCCAACAUUGAAGAAAUCAACUGUUUUGUCUCAACAAGAUGUCAAGCUUUUACAGGAAUUCUGACUCUGUUUGGCCAAUGCUUAACCUUCAUCUCCCUGAAAUAUGCAUCUCAUCCCUGCAAGCUUUAGGAUCCAGCUCUACUUGUUUUUACCACCAAGAUCAUCUGUAUGUACUCAUCUGCGGCCAGUGAAGUACAGGCUACAGAG